AUGUGGUGGGAGAGUCUCCAGAACCUCUUACUCAUCCGCCGACUCCUGCCACGCUGGUCUGGCGCAGGAGCUUUCCGCGGUCCAACUGUCGAUGUCCCACCUCCUAGCGAGGAUCAUGAGACUGUCACCACUCCGCUCGAAAUUCUUUCCCAUGAAUCCACUACUAGUGUAAAUCAAACGACGUUCCUGACUACAGUCACACCUGCCCUAUUCGCACGCCUCGCCCGCACACACAAUCUCAAAGACAUCGAGAACGCCAUUACUGCCACACGCGAAGCCAUAUCCGUUUUACCUGCUAUGGAUGGGCGCGACGCUGCAUUGUUGUACACCCUCGCCGAGUUGCUCCUCUGUCGAUUCGAGCUCAGUGGCCGGCUGACGGACGUGAAGGAGGCUUUAUCCCUCCAUCAUAGAGCGCUCCUCCUUCGUCCCCCCGGCCAUGCCGAUCGCUAUCUUCAUGUGUUGUCUCUCGCAAAAACACUGCACACUCAUUUCUGCUGCGCCGGCGAAUUUCAGGAUCUGGCCGAUGCUAUCGAGAACGGUUGUCUCGCUCUCUCACUUUUUGAUCCUACAUGCUACGAUCAGCCAGCCUUUCUAACCGCCGUCGCUGAAGUAAUGCUCAGCAGCUUCAAGCAAACGGGCCUCUCCUCCGAACUGGAUCAGUGCAUCGAGUAUGCCGGAGAAGCCGCCUCGUGCUGUUCACCGGAGUCGCCUGCCCGGCCCGCCUCGCUGGUCAUCCUCUCGCGAUCGCUGCUUUCCCGAUAUGAGCAGCGAGGCGAAUCUGCUGAUUUGGAAGCAGCGAUCGGACACGCCCAAGAAGCCAUCCCCCUCUGCCCAGCGGGACAUCCUGACCGUCCUCGAACUCUGGCGACUGCGGCUGCCGGGCUCCUGGCUCGUUACGAGCGCACCGGACAGCCGGAAGACCUGGAGCAGUCGGUUGUGCUGUCCAACGAAGCCCUACCGCUUUGCUCCCGAACAACGCCCGUUCGCCUGGUGGUUUUUGACACCCUCGUCCCCGCAUUUAUCGCCCUAUUUACGGAACACAGCGAAAAUUCGGAACAUAUCCUGAAGGCGAGCAUUAAAUAUAGCAACGACGCCCUCACUCUCUGCCCGCCAAGGUGUCCUAACCGUCCAAGUCUGCUUGUCAAUUUCGCUGUCGCGAAGUGGACCCGCUUCUUGUUCGCUGGCAAACGGGAAGACAUAGAGGGCAGCGUCACUCCUCUCCGUGACGCCAUCGAGCUACUGCCACUUCGGUCCACUAUGCGCGUGGUGGCUCUCAGCAGGCUAGCAGAUGUUCUGUACUAUCGCUUCAUGUCAUACGGAGUUCCCGAGGACCUGGAGGAAAGCGUAGCACUCGGGAUGGAAGCGCUUUCCGCUUGUGGUCCCAGCGCACCAAGUCGUGCUGUGAUAUUUACUAGCAUGGCGUCCUCGCUUGGUCGGCGCUUUAAUUGUGCUAAAGAGGGAGUAGACCUGGUCUUGUCGACGGAGUAUUUCCAACAGGGCCUCGCAUGCUGCAGGACAGGCGCCCCGGCUCAUCUCAAAUUAUUUAUCAGGUUCAUGACAUUCUUCCUCGACACUCUCCUUCCAGCUGGCUUGCGGGAUCAGCUCCACCUCCUUGCCGUGCUGGAGCAGAGGGUGCUAGAUAAUAGCUCUUCCAAAAACCUUCACUAUCCUUCCUUGCUGGGCGUCCUCGCUUCUGUCACUCUUGUUCGAUACGAAGAAAGCGAAAAUCCAGAGGAUUUAGAGAAGGUUUUCACCUUCGCCCAAGAGGCACUUUCUUUAUGCCCACCAGGAGCUAUCAUUCGUCCCGAAUUACUCCUUGGCUUGGCAAAUGCCUUGGAUACCCGGUUCGGCAGAGAUCGAGAAUCAAAUGAUCUCACACAAUGUGUUGAGUCCGCCCAUGUCGCUUUGGCACUCUGUUCGCCUGAACACCGUGACCCCCGUCGGCUCAAAAUACUGCGCCAGCUUGGGAAGUUUUCCAACAAUCAUUUCGCACUCACAGAAGAUCCGGAGCAUCUGAGCAAAUCUAUCGACUACUUUCGGGAUGCAUUGACCGUCUGUCCAUCCGAAUCCCCUGCCCAUCCUUUGCUUAUGGUCGACCUGGCGGCCGCUUUGGACAGUCGAUUCAGCCAUACAAAGCAGAUCGGCGAUGUGGAAGAAGCCAUUGAUCACUAUCAGCAAGCCCUCUUAUCCCACCCUCCGACUCACUCUAAGCACCACGCAUUGCUGGGUGCUAUAGCCUUCUCAUCGCGUGCGCGCUUCUUAACGACCGGGAGCUUUGAGGACCUAGAGACGUUGAUUGGUCAUUCACAGAAAGCCCUUGCGUCGCGGUCUUUCGAAACGCCUGAGCCCGUGCCUGCGUUCUAUUCAACAGUGAUAUCAGUGCUAGCAUAUGCUCUCAAGGAGCGGCACCGCAUGAAAGGUCGGCGCGAGGACCUCGAAAAGAGCAUCGAGUACAGCCACGAAGCUCUUGCUCUUUGUCCCCCGAGCCAUCCCGCUCGCAUGGAUUUCGUGGACACGCUGGCAUCUGCACUCCGACGACGCUUCAGGGCCGAUGGUAGAGUGGAAGACUUGAACAGCGAAGUCAUGAUUUGGCGCGAAAGUCUCCGGACGGCACCCGAUUCGGUCAAACUUCCCCUGCGUCUCAACUCGAUCUUAACUCUGGCGAACGCUUUGAAGGCUCGCUUCGAUCAGACCCAUCAGUUCGACGAUCUCAGAGACGCAGUCCAGUAUGGCUAUGAUGCCCUGUCGCUCUGUCCAAAAGAACACCCACGCCGCUUGGCCAUUUUGGCCUUUCUAUCAGCGUCUUUGGCCGGGAGAUUCAACGAGACCGGGGGCCUGUGGCUGGAAGACUUGGCUAGUGGCAUCUCUCUCCUUCGUGAGGCAUUAUCCUUAGAUCAGACGCUCGAGCACCGUGCCCAAUUAUUGGCCGCUCUGACAGAACAUCAGGGUGCUCGCUUUCAGCAGACCAAGGAUCCAGAAGAUUUCGAAAAGUGCAUGCAGUACGGGCAGGAAGCACUACGUCUCUGCUCACCUGAGCCUCAUGGUCUGCGUCCGCACAUCAUUCACAGGUUUGCCUUGUGCUGCCAGCGUCGAUAUGAUGUGGCUGGAGACCCCGAGGAUCUGCGCAGAGCCACCAGUUAUUUCAAGGAGCUAGAGGCUCUAUUCCCUUCUGAGGACCCUGCGCAUUUGGCUGUAUCCGACUUAAGAUUCGCGGUUCCUGGCAUGCAAUACAACGUGUCCUGGACGUUAGACUCGGAGGAUCUCGAUAAGCGCAUCGACCAGGGAUGUCAAAGACUGUCUGGCCACCCCCCGGGGCAGAAUCACCCGGAGCGUCAAAUGCUGCUCAAUCAAGUCGCAUGCUUUUUGUUUCAGAGAUAUGGCCGCACAGGAAAGGAAGAAGAUAUUUUGAAUGCUGUCUCUUACGCAAAAGAAAGCGCGCUGUCCGAACCUCGCCAUCGAAUGAAGCUUCUAUUCGUGACAUUUUGGGCAUUUCUAGGCCAUGUGUGCAACCAUCCUUCAACGCUAGAGGCCUAUCGCUUGUAUGUCGAGCUGUCGGAGCGAAUGCUUGCGACUGCUCCGACGCUGGAGAUGCAGCACAACGUAGCUCGAAAAGUUCUCAAUGGAUUUCUGCCUUUGGAUCUCGCGGCCUACGCAAUUGGACAAGGUGAUCUCAAACUCGCUGUAGAGAUCAUAGAGCAAGGCAGAGCCCUGCUCUGGUCUCAAAUCCGCCGUCUCCGCACUCCCCUCGACAAGCUGGCUGCCGACGAGAAAUUGAGGCCCCUUCGAAAUGCUUUCCUGGAGAAGAGUCGUGCGCUAGAGGCAAUCGGUACUUCCGCGAAUCCCUUCUUAUCCAGCUUGGCUACGGAGGAAGCCAACGAUCCAUAUGGGACUAUGCUGGAGAUGAGACGCCGCCUAUCAGCCGAUUUGGACGAGAUCAUUGAACAGAUCCGUAUACACUUCCCCGACUUUCUGAGAUCACCGUCAUAUGACAAGCUUAAAUCGGUCUCAGGAGAUGGUCCGGUUGUCGUCGUCAAUAAUAGCGUAUUUCGGUCGGAUGCUCUCAUCCUCGGUCCCGGCGACAACCUCAGCUGUGUUAAGCUAUCCAGUGAAUUCUAUAAUCGGGUCAUCGAACUGUCAAACAAAUUGCUCGAUGCACGCCAGGUCUUAAAGCACUCUGCCCAGAAGGAGUACGAUCGAGUUCUGCGCCUCACGCUCAAAGUUCUUGGCGAGCUCCUCGUGGGUCCCGUCGUGGAGAAGCUGAAAGAGCUCGGAGUGAAGGAAGGGUCUCGGAUCUGGUGGUGCCCGACAUCUGUCCUGUCGGCAUUGCCGCUCCAUGCCGCAGGCCCGCUCACGCUGCCGGAGUUGAAGUCGUCCAAAGCCAAGGUGUAUCUCCCGGACCUGUAUAUUUCUUCCUAUACUCCGACUCUUGCCGCGCUCAUUGAAGCCCGGACGAAGACUGCCUUCAGCGGACCGGUAGAGCGCGAAGGUCUUCUUGGUGUCGCUGUGCUCGACAAGUCGCUGGAAGCAGUGGAUGCGGAAGUGGACGUGCUUCGCGCCUGUUUUUCGAAGGACAAGCUGACGCUCGCCUUCGAGGGUGGAUGCGAUCGUAAUGCAGUGAUUGCUGGACUUGCGGAACGGUCAUGGGUUCAUUUAGCCUGCCAUGGGACACUCAAGGAAGGCGAGCCCUUCAACUCAGCGUUCAUGCUUUCUGGAGACGAACGGCUUACUCUGCUCGACAUAAUCAAAGCUGGCCUGCAUAACGCUGAACUAGCUGUCUUGUCAGCGUGCCACACCGCUGAGCAAACGCCAGGCAGCGCGGUGGAAGAGGUACUUCACCUGGCGGCGGCGAUGCAGUUCUCUGGCUUCCGAAGCGUUGUCGGGACGAUGUGGCAAAUGCAGGACGAAGAUGGACCGACGUUCGCCAAAUAUUUUUACCACGCGUUAUUCAAAGAAGGAGGUGGCGAAGACAUAUCUAACGCAUCAGAAUUUGGAUUCAAGAAGGCUGCGCGAGCGUUGUGCUCAGCUACGAAAGAGAUGCGGCGCUGCAAGGUCGAUCUGGAGAGAUGGGUCAAUUAUGUGCAUAUCGGGGCAUGA